AUGAAUCCAGUCAUUCCCUCCAACAGUGCUGUGGGUCCUCCUGCUGUGGUCUUUACUCCUGCCAUGGCGGAUGCUUCGGGUGGGUGGCAGCCUCGCUCAGAAGAUCUGGCUAGUCUUGUGUUGCUGUUUGUGCGCUCUUCUCAAGGAGAUUCUCAAGUUCAAGCUCAGUUGAUGCAGCAACUUCAUUCCUAUGCAAGCAUUGCUGAUUUCCCAAACUAUUUAGCUGUCAUUUUUGCUCUUACAACUGAAGCCCCUGGUGUGCGAACUGUUGCUGGACUGACUUUAAAGAAUACCCUUAGAGAUUCUCGAGGUUCACUUCAUCCCCAGGUACUAGAGUUUGUCAAGGCUACAACUCUACAUGCUCUUGGUGAUGCCGAGCCAAUUAUUCGUGCCACGAGCGGUACAGUAAUUACUACUCUCAACAAAAUUGACUCUCGUAUUUGGCCCGAUGUAGUUCCAAAACUUCUUGAAUUGAUUGAUAUGCGUGUUCCUGCGUUGGAAGAGGGCGCUUUUCUAGCUCUUCGCAAAAUCUGCGAAGAUUCUUGCAACGAACUCGACGAAGGCGAUCCACAAAUACUGAGCUAUAUGAUUCAAAAACUACUUCAUCACAUGCACAAUCAAAACAUUAAAGUUAGAACUGCGGCUGUAGAGUCACUCAAUCAGUUUAUUCUUAACCGAUCCGAUCCCCUCAUGACCAACAUCAACGCUUUUGUUGCAAGCCUCUACCAGCUCACCACAGAUGUUGACAAGGGCAUGCGUCGUGCCAUAUGUCAAGCUCUUGUUUUGAUCUUUGAAGUUACCCCAGAAACUGUCAUUCCAGAACUCAACAAUGUGGUUAGUUUUAUGCUUUUCUGUACUCAAGAUGAGGAGGAAAAGGUGGCAUUGGAAGCAAGUGAGUUUUGGCUGGCAUUUGCCGAGCAGGAGAAUUACCGUGACCAUCUAGAGCCAUUUUUACCUCAAAUUAUUCCUGUUCUUGUAAAAGGCAUGAUAUACACAAACGAAGAAGUCAUGAUGUUGGGUGGAGAUGAAGAUGAUGCAAGUGUCCCCGAUAAUAUUCAAGAUAUUAAACCUCACCACCACAAAUCACGUAACCAUGCAAAUACUCCUGGCUCUGGACAACCCAAAAAAGAUGACGACGAUGAUGACGACGAUUACGAUGAUGAUGAUGAUGACGAUGUUGACAAUGAGUGGAAUGUGCGGAAAUGCUCUGCUGCUGCUGUAGAUGUUUUGGCCACCGUGUUUAAAGAGCAUCUGCUGGAGGUCUUGCUACCACAUCUUACCCAGCAGUUGUCUAGUUCUGAUUGGCUUCAUCGCGAAGCUGGAAUUCUUGCACUUGGUGCCAUUGCCGAAGUGAGAUCAAUAACGUGUUGGACUUUGGGACGCUACGCCAGCUGGGUUGUUCACGGUGAUCCUACGCGACAAGACAACACACACGAACAACGUCUUCAAUAUCUUAAAAUUUACUUUGAACCCAUGCUACAAGGACUGCUUGUCAUGACUCUUGACAACAACAAAAGAGUUCAAGAGACUGGCUGUAGCGCACUGGCUGUACUUGAAGAAAUCGCUGGUGAUCUUUUAAUUCCUUACCUUGGCCCUAUUUUGCAAACACUGGGAAAUGCUUUUGUCAAGUACCAGCAUAAAAAUUUGUUGAUUCUAUACGAUGCUCUUGGCACUUUGGCAGAUGCAGUUGGACCUGGAUUAGACAACCCACAAGUGGUUGAUCUGUUUAUGCCUCGUCUUAUAGAAAAGUGGGAGAUGCUGCCAGACGAUGACAGUGGCAUUUUCCCACUGUUUGAAUGUAUUUCCUCUGUAGCAGUAGCCAUGGGUGCUGGAUUUGUUCCUUAUGCUCCUGCAGUCUGGUCACGUUGCUUGCGCAUCAUCAGUACAUCCUUGCAUCAAUUUCAAAUUUUCCAGCAAAAUCCAGAACAGGUUCCAGAACCUGACAAGGACUUUAUUGUGGUAUCCCAAGAUCUUUUGAGCGGAAUCACUCAAGGUCUCUGUGGAAAUGUGGCUCCUUUGAUUUCAUCUGGAGAGCCUUCUAUUUUAAAUAUACUUACCGUUUGUCUAAAGCAUCCGUAUAGCGAAGUGCGUCAAAGUGCAUGCGCUUUACUUGGAGAUUUUGCCAUCAACGCAUUCCCACAAAUCAAACCAUGUGUCAAUGAGUACAUGCAACACUGCGUUCCUUUGAUCCAACCUAGCGUCCAUGAAGAAGUAUCUAUAGCUAUCAGCAAUAACGCUACGUGGGCAGCUGGUGAAAUUGCAUUAAAAAUGGAGGGUGAGAUGCAAAUGUGGGUUCAGCCAUUGCUUGAACGACUUAUUCCAAUCCUUCAUUCUCGAUGCAAGCAGACUCUCAAGGAAAAUGCAGCCAUCACCAUUGGUCGCCUAAGUAUUGCCAAUGCAGCUAUUAUUGCACCUUUAGUUGAUCAGUUUGCAAGAGACUGGUGCGAAACGCUUGGUCGCAUUCGAGAUAAUCUUGAAAAAGAAAGUGCGUUUCAAGGUUUUUGUCAGCUUAUUGUAGCGAAUCCUAAUGGUUUGGUACGCGACCUGGCCUAUUUUUGUGAUGCAGUUGUUCAAUGGGGUAGAAUAUCACCCGAACUGAAUGAAACAUUUCGACGUGUGUUGACCAUGUAUGCUACCGGGAUGGGAGAUCAAUGGCCUGCUACUGUCCAAGGGUUUCCUAUUUCUAUUCGUCAGCGUCUGAAAGAACGAUAUGAUCUUUGAAUUUAUUUUUGUCGAAUGAAAAUCGCAUUGUG